GCCGAGCAAACAGAUUCUUCGCGGUCAACAACUUCUUCGCAGAUUCGCUGCUGAUGAAUCAGCUCAAGGGCAUCAUGACGAGACAAACUAGCAGUGGCGGGGGUGAGCCGGGACCACCGGACGAGCCUUCUCGCCCCGCCAGCCGGGGCCCUCCUUCCGUAGCUCUGAGCCACUCUGAGAGCCAGCUGUCUCAGCGAUCAGUAUCCCCCGUACGUGUCCAACGACAGGUGACGUUCCUCAAACCGGCCGCCGAUACCAACCUUGACAGGAAAGCGUCCAUCGUGGAUGAGACUAGUGGCAUUACAAGGACCCAGAUGAAAGAAUUUCGCGAGGCGUUCCGCCUCUUCGACAAAGAUGGUGACGGCACCAUUACCAAGGAGGAGCUGGGGCGGGUCAUGCGCAGCCUCGGACAGUUCGCGCGUGUCGAGGAGCUUCAUGAUAUGCUGCAAGAGGUCGACAGCGAUGGUGACGGCAACGUAAGCUUCGAGGAGUUCGUCAGCAUCCUCUCCAAGUCCAUGUCAGUGGGCAGCGGCGCUAGCUCCGCCGAGCAGGAGGAGCGCGAGCUUCGCGACGCGUUUCGUGUGUUCGACAAGCACAAUCGCGGGUACAUCUGCGCGUCUGAUCUGCGAGCGGUGCUGCAGUGUCUUGGAGAAGACCUUUCCGAGGAGGAAAUCGAAGACAUGAUUAAAGAAGUGGAUUCAGACGGAGAUGGACGCAUUGAUUUCCUAGAAUUCGUCCGAGCGCUUGGCGAGCCAGAAGACGCCUGUGAUGACGAGGACGAAGAUGACGUCAUUGACACUGAUAUCGCGCUGCCGAGGCCUGUUGCCGCCAACUAAAUUGAUCAACUAAACCAGGAGCCGGCAAACCGCGGCUCGAGAGCCGCAUGCGGCACUUUGGAGGGACAAAUGCAGCUCUUCAAGUCGUCAAAAAGAUUUACAGUCAAGAGUUCUUUAGACCUUUAAAAUCGACAUUUGUGGGUCUUUACGGUUCCGAAAACUGGCGAUUGUUACUGCAGAUGGCUCUUCUUCUAAAAAGUUUGGCGACCCCUAAACUGAACCAAUUUACUGGACAGUCGCCAUCAGAUAUAUCGGAGCAGCUAAGCACUACACAAGUCGUAUAAUUUCGGACUCGAGAUGACUAUUGUUCCUGUGCCUACCACAAUGUUUGCGGGAACAGACAAGAAAUAAUCGGAUGGAAGUUGAUCGCUAAAAUGACCCUUCAAACGAAUUUCAAUCAUAAAGUAGCAUGUACCAUGCAAUUUUGCAGCUUGGCUUGCAUUAUUAUCAGGUAUCGUUUACCGUUUUCAUAAAUGAGCUCUUUAAUUUAUGUUCACUAAGAGUUUUAACUGGACUUAAUAAACCCGUGAGCCACGGCCCGUUCCGCCCUUAACGCUCGAAUUUGCUAGUGAAAAUAUCCUUAACUUACAAUAUUAAAGUUAUAAUCUAUGCCUAUUUACAAUUAUAAUUACGUCAAUUUAAUACGGUUUUAAAAUAUUGCGCGUGUAAAUAGCUUAAAUUCGUGGUUUAUAUAACAGUCUCCAUCCUGUAUUUAAUACCUAAUGUAAUCAGAGUGAGAUAUAGCUUGUAACAGGCAUGAAUAUGAUCAUUGUAUUAUUAACAUAUCUUAUAUAGGUAGGUAGAUAUACUCGUAUGUAUGGAAUUUCGAGGACACGUGGCUUGAGAAACAAGAUAUAGACAUAGAGUUGCGAGGGCUGGCAUGAGUGCCAAUGGUGUCACAAGGAGUGUAGGGUUAAGAAGGGUGUCUUAACACGGGUAAAACAAAGACAAAGUUUUUACCCGUGUCUUAUAUUUACCCCACCUGACCCUAUCCUUAUUUAAUUUUGUCCCCGCCUUGCUCAAAUGGAAAAAGGUGCAUUCAUAUGAACUAUUCCUAUCUGUUCCCGCCUGAUGUUUGGCGGUGUUCACGUGGGGGAGGGACAAAUGGGAAUACACCUCACAAGAGGAUGAGGAGGGAGGAGGAGGAUGCAAAAGACGGCGGGAAGUUUAUGAGAAAGUCGUACCCGGAGGAUGCAACGGGAUAAAAAGUGAUGUGCUACGGUCGUAACGCGACGUCGUAGCUGAUAAUAUGGGUUUCCCCAUAAGUAACGAAAAUGCUUCGUAGAGGCAAGAGUUCAGCAAAAAGGAAAUUAACUGGAUCAUCCAAACCAGACCAAAAAAGUCGUUGAAAAGUGAUCGGCUUUUCCUUAUGUGUAGCUACAUGUAUAUAUUUGUAAUUAGCAGUGGCGUAGCUGGGCGUGAGCGAAGUGGGCCGUCGCCCACGGCCUCGCGCCUCAAGGGGAGCCUCGCGAGGCCCCUUCGAGCACGGUGAAAGAAAAGGGCCUCGCAGAUGCGAUUUCGCCCACGGCUAGAUUAGUUCAUGCUACGCCACUGGUAAUUAGCUUGUCCUCGAAAUUAAUUGAACAAUUCAGGUUUCCUAAUACUAAUACAUAUCUUAACAGGGAUUAAUCUACUUUCAAAAUAACUCGUAUUUUUAAAGAACUGGAUUUAUGAAUUAUAUCUACUUAGACAGCUCAGGGCUCGAGUAAGUAAAAUACAACGCUAAUGACAGUUAUGAUGAAUAAUAAAAAAAUGGUUAACUAAAUUAUACCCUAUGGUGCCAAUCAACAGUGGGCUAGACAUAGAAGUAUGGGAGUUAAACCGCACUAAAGUGAUGUCCACUACCCAAACUUUUGAUGACAACUUAGUAUCAAAAUAAGUACCUACACGCAGAAAUGGUAUACCAGGCAUUAGGGGGGCGUGAAAGGUAGCGAACACGUAGAGGUUUUUUUCGGCAAUUUAAUUAAAUGUAUGUAAGCUGUACGGUCAAUACGGGUAAUUGUGGCUACGUGUUAAGUGUGGCUUGAACUUAACUUUGAGGUCUGUUUACAUAUUGAUUAGUGAUUUGCGGGUUCGUACAUUUACCACACGCAAGAAUGUAAGAGCUCGCAAUAAACACAAAUCAAUGUGUUAACAAUGUGAAGAUCAGCUACACUUGGCCGCAUUCCAUAUUUACCUUACUCUACGCGGAUUCCGCCCCUGCCUGUCAUAGUUGUCAUAAGACGCACAUAGAGACAUUGCGACAAUAAGGACCGUGCGCGUUGGAGGGUAUGCCAUCUUAUGGCCUGAAACAGAAACAUAAACCUGUACAUUGCUAAAGCAAGUGCUGCCAUCUACUGUUCUCGUACGUUUUCUUGUGCACAGUAGGUUCUGCCAUUUUGUGAGCUACAUUGGAAGCAUAUACUUCACAUUUACGCCUCGCGCCAAAAAUCUGACGGCUCCUGUGCUGCCCCCUAUAGUUCAUGCACGCUCCCUACUA